AUGCCGAAAGAGCCGAAACCCAAAGGUGCAAGCAACAGGGUAGCUCCUGCCACGCCAGCAGCCAGAAAUGCACGCAAACAAGAAGUUACCGAGAAACUUGGGAAAAUCACUGACAAAGUCAAAAAGCGGCGUACCGAAGUCGCAACUAAGGAACGCAGGCUAGACGAGCUCAACGAAUCGCACAACGAUAGCUCCAAGCCCGAGGAGAAAGCAGAGUACGAAAGUCUGGAAGAAGAGUUUGAUAAGCUGAGAGGGGAGUUGAUGGAGUGGGAGACUGAAUUGGUCAAUUUGAAAAAGGAAGAAAAGGAUCUCGACGGAGAUACCAUAAUGGACUCCAGCGGGGCUAAGGAGAGUGAUAGCGUUGACGAACUUUUUGUCAGCUCCUCUUCCAACAACACGACUCAGCCGCCUCAGUUCGACCUGACUGGACCCAAUGGCAAAUCAAAUCCACUAAUCAUUGGCGAUUCCGACGAUGAGGAGGCUGUGUUCACGCCGGCUCAAGCAAGGGAGGCGACAGGACAGAGCCAUGAUGGAAAGAUUGUUGCAUGGAGGCAGCAAGAUCGGUCAAAGCCAGUGAUUGUGAGAUAUGGUCCACAAAACGCCGCAAAAUACGAACGUUCCACGGCUGCCAAAGAGGGCAACGACUUUGACGAAGAAGAGACUGAGGAAUUCGGUCCAGACCAUAGACUUGGAGACCAGAAAGUUGCGAAGAAAUUCGUGCGCAAAAGACGUGAGCUGUUGGGUAUUGCGGGCUUGGCCUACAACUGCGAUUUGAAGGACCUAGAACCGAGGGAGAAGGGCGAAACUAGAAGAGUUGCUCCUCUUGAGAUUUGGGUCAAAUGGGAGAUUAAUGGUGCCAUCCACAAGACAUGGGAGAUCCGGUCCUCCAUUCGACACCUCUUCAGCAGCCCCAAGAAGGCCGAUGCCUAUAUCUACGAGGCAGCAAAGUGGCACGCUGCUCGACACCAGGAAUGGCAGAACGGCCAGCGUGAGGCAAAGGACAGAUCCCCAACCCCGGUCCCGAACAGCCGACUCUCGCCAUCGCCCGAGCCGAAACAGCCAGAGGUCAAGGUUGAGGGUGAGAGCAAUGGCAACCCGCUUGCUGCUACCAAUAGCUCCGCAGAGACAAAGUCUGCCAAGCGAGCAGCAAUGCUGCAGUAUCGGGAACAAUGGUGCGAUCUCAAGGGCAUCGAUCCUGAAAACAUGGACCCAGCCGCUGAGGGGAGAUUCCUAAAGGCCUGGAAUGAGAUCAAGGAUACAUUGUGA